CGAGAAUCCAGCGACCCGUCAAACUGCACCUGCGACUGCGGGACCAAGGUUUAAGCAAAUACUUUUUGCAUCGUGGGCUAAUUCUUCUCCCUUUGAAGUCUCUCUCAAUUCUUCUUUUCUCCCUCUCCCUGUCGUCGCUUUUGCUCCGCGUCGUCGGCAUCAUCAUUGUGUCACUCAAUCCGACCUCGUGAUUCUGCGCCUCAACGAUAACAACAACACCACCUCAACCACCCACACCCUUCGUCACCUUGCAUCUCGCCCCAAUUGCCGACUGCCAAUUCCCAACAAUAACGAGACGCAUCCUUAUCGACCAUGCGCUUCGGUAGGACUCUGCGCGAGUCCGUCUAUCCGGAAUGGAAGGAUAAGUACAUCGACUACACCAAGCUCAAGAGCUUGCUCCGCGAGGACCGCUCGGCCGAUGACGAUGCCCAGCAGCCUUGGACUGCCGAUGACGAGGAGCGCUUCUGCGACGAAAUCUUCAAUGUCCAGCUCGACAAGGUCGCCAAGUUCCAAGAGCAGCGAGUAGAUGCCCUGAAGCACCGCGUCGACUCUGCCUUCGAGAAGCUCAAGGAGCUCGCCCCCGAACCCGUCCCCGAGUCCGCCACCGACGAUGCUGAGGCCAGUGCCCAAGCCGAACCUCCCCGCCCGAAGGGUGAUAUCUCCGCCUCUCGCCUCCGCGCCCUCGAGACCGAGCUCGACGCCAUUACGAACGAGGUUCGCGAGCUGAAGAAGUACAGCAACAUCAACUAUACUGGCUUUCUCAAGAUUGUCAAGAAGCACGACCGCAAGCGAGGAGACCGAUACAAAGUCCGUCCUAUAAUGCAGCUGAGCUUGGCCCAGCGCCCCUUCAACUCGGAGCAGGGCUACUCGCCUCUCCUCAAUAAGCUCUCCAUCAUGUACUUUGCCAUCCGCCAGCAGCUCGAGGAUGGUACCGACCAGCUUCCCCCUCUGGAUCUCGAGACCCAGGGCGAGACUCACAACGGCGAGCGCUACACCUCCCACAAGUUCUGGGUUCAUCCCGAUAACCUCCUCGAGGUCAAGACUGUCAUUCUACGACACUUGCCCUCCCUCGUCUACAGCGAGCAAUCCGCCAAAGAGCUUGACGGCAACGACUCUCCUACCAUCACCUCGCUCUACUUUGAUAGCCCCAAAUUCGAUCUAUACGGUGAAAAGGUCAACCGCCAGACCGAGGCCUCAUCCUUGCGUAUGCGCUGGUACGGACAGCUGGGCUCUCGCCCCGAGAUUUUUAUUGAGCAGAAGACGAUUGAUGCCAAGGGCGAGAGCCAGGAGCUCAAGUUCUCCAUCAAGGAAAAGUACGUUAAGACUUUCAUCGACGGCAACUACGACUUGGACAAGGCCGUCCAGAAGAUGAAGAGAAAGAGCUACACGGUGGAGCAGCAAGAUCUUUUCAAGAAGGCGGUCUCGACGAUCCAAAAUUUCGUGCAACAAAAGGGCCUCAGCCCCGUCCUCCGAGCCAACUACCUCCGAACCGCGUUCCAGAGGCCUGCCGACGACCGCAUCCGUAUUGCCAUCGAUACCAAUGUUGCCUUCAUCCGUGAGGACACCCUGGACCAGGACCGCCCCUGCCGUGACCCCAACGAGUGGCACCGCCUCGACAUUGACGACAGCGAGAUGACGUUCCCAUUCAAGAAGAUGAACCAGAGCGAGGUCAACCGGUUCCCCUACGCUCUACUCGAGAUUAAACUCAAGGAGGACGGCCAGCGAAAGCGCCCCCAUUGGGUUGAGGACCUCAUGGCGUCCCACCUGGUCCACUCCACCCCACGAUUCUCCAAGUUUGUCCACGGUGUGGCAUCUCUGUUUGAGGACUACGUCAACAACCUACCCUUUUGGCUUAGCGACUUGGAGACGGACAUCCGCAAGGAUCCCCAGGCGGUAUUCGAGGAGGAGGAGCAGCGUCGUGCUCAACACGCCGAGGAUGUUAUGGCGGUGGGCAGCCUAAUUGGUGGCAAGUCAGCCUCGUAUAGACCUGCCCAGAGCUCACCCGUGAGCAAGUCGUACCUGGCGGACCGCAUGUCAAAGGAUUCCAUGUCCCACUCCCUGAACAACCGGGUAUCGAGACUGAACAACGGAGAAGAGGAGGGAGAGACCAGUUCCAGGCAGACGGAGGAGCCGGAGAGGGGUUACGGAACUCUCUCGUCGGUGAUUCCGGGUUUCUCGCUGUCCAAGUACUCCAAGGCUAAGCGGGCCUCGGCUGCGCUCCCCGAGGGUGUUGUGAAGCCAACGGAGUGGAUCAAGAACUCAGGCGAGCUCAAGGUGGAACCCAAGGUAUGGUUGGCCAACGAGCGAACUUUCCUCAAGUGGCAGCACAUCUGCAUCCUUCAGGGCGGCCUGGCGAUGGGUCUGUACACGGCAGCUGGCCAGGACACGGUUGCUGAGAUUAUGGGCAUCACUUACGUCUUGAUUGCCAUCUUUGCAGGACUCUGGGGCUAUGGAAUGCUGCAGACGCGACGAACCAUGAUUCUUGAGCGGAGCGGCAAGGACUUUGAUAACAUGAUUGGACCUAUCAUCAUCAGCUUUUCCUUGAUAGUGGCCCUGCUCCUCAACUUUUUCUUCGCAUAUCGGGAAGCCUUUGGGCGGAUGCAUGACGGUGUGCCGGAUGAGCCUGUCAGCGAAGAUCUACGAAUGGUUUAAGAUGUGCGGCGUAUGCAUGGACAGGUUGCAUGGGAUGGAAAUUGAUAAGAGGUGGGAGAAGGAAAUCAGAGACUGUAUAGUAUUGUGAGUUGAAGUGAUACAGAGGCGUUGAAUGCCGGUUCGAGUUUUGCAUUUGCUCAGGGUGAGAGGCGAAUGGCUGGAGGACUGGACAAAGUCGCUAUGGAUAGGAUAUAAGUCAAUUCAAGCAAUGGCUCCAUGGUAUGGAGGAGAAGAUUGAUUUCAA